AGGUUAUGUCCAACUGAAGCGGCAACGGUGGGAUCUAGCUGGAUUUCACAGGAGAACGCGAAUGAUGACAGCAGUGAUGAAUGGCUGGAUAGAUUUCAUCUGUAUGGUGAAGCGAACGCGAGAGCUUCGUCUGCGUGCAGCAAGAUUUUGGAGAUGUUGGCUGGUGAACUUGGCUAUGAGGGCGUGGAAGUGGCAGUUGGCCCGGUUGAAGCAGAAGAGGGCUGACCUUCAGCAUGUGCAGCACUGGAAGACUAGGCGCAUGACGCAGUCGGUGAUGACUUCCUGGGGGGCUAGGAUCGCGAAAUCGCGAUUCAAACGGACACAGCGUAGGAAUUGUGGGACGUUUAGGAGGAGGAAGUUGUUGGCGAAAUCCCUGGCUGGAUGGCAAAUGGAUGCGGAGGUGAAGAGGGCCACUUCAGAGAUCAUGAGAUUGAUUGCAUGGAGAUGCUGCCGUGCCGUGGCAAUUAGACUUCUUGCAGAGUGGAAGGCACUUGUCCACAACAACCGAAGACUGACGGUUGCAGCAUUGAAGGUCGAGGAUGGAAGUAGACAUCGGGCGAAGAGAACGGCAUUGGAUGCGUGGAAACGUUACGUCGAAGGGCAGCGGAAGAACAGGCAGCUGAGGGAAACAGCAGCAGCAUGCCUAGGGACAAGAACGAAGAGGAUGAGUUUGGGUGCUCUUGCAAGCAACCUGCGCAGAGGGAGGAGGAAGAAAUUGGCUAUGGCGGUUGGGAGGAAAGCCAUGGAGAAGAAAGCCCUGCGUUUCUGGCAGGUAUGGGCAACGUUCCAGGCUCGGGAAAGAGCAAAGAUAUGGACUUUGCUGAAAAAGGUCCUGGUGAGGGAGAAAGCCAACAUUUUCCGUGAAUGGCGCGAGCUCAUGAAGGUGCACUCUCGAGACCGGGCUGUUCUCAAAUUAUUGGGCCAGAAGGCGAAGGAUCGAGCGCUGAGACAGGCAACUGAAGAGUGGAGGAAUCGGGUUGCUUUGGAGAGAAAGAGGAGGGAAUGGAUGCUCCGGGCAGGAAAGAAUCGCCAAUUGACGUUAAGGAGGGAGGUGAUGAUGGCCUGGCAUGAUGAAACUCGUGAGCGACACCAUCUUCGUCAGUUGAUGAACCAUCUGGCAGACUUCUACAGACGUGCUGAGCUGCGUAAUGCCUUUGAUGCCUGGCUUUGCUGGGCGUCAUUGAUGCGCAAACUCCACGAAAUGGAGGAGAAGAGACACCGUGAUGCUGUCCGAAUGUUCCUGCAGGAAUGGCAGAUGUUAACAAGGCAGAGACGAUCCCUAAACGAACGGAUCACACGCCUCGUUGGUCGUCGACAGACAUCCACUCUUUCAAGAGCUAUGAAGUCAUGGUUGGACGUCUCUCUCACCAAAAUGGCGAUGAAAGAGAGAAUUGCUAUCCUAGCCGAGGUGAUCAAGAGAGCGGACAUGGAAAGAGUGCUGGGGGAAUGGUUACGGGUCGUUUUGGAGGGAAAGAGAGAGAGAGAAGGGAAGGUUUUGGCGUCUAGGUUCCAUGCCCACAAGAUCAAACGGUCUGCAUUUGAUGGGUGGAGAAGGCUUUAUCUCCUCUCGAAGGAGGCGUCAAGACGACGGAAGCACGCGCUGGAGUCCCGGUCAUGGGGAGCUUGGGCAUCGUACACCCGGCGGAAGAGACAAGCAUUCAUAGGAAGGAGAUUGUGGGAAGAUCGUACAAUAGGGCGUUGUGUGAAAGUGUGGCAUCGUUGGGCAAGAGAGAGACGGAGCAGAGAGGAUCUGAUAGCACGAGCAUUGGCUGUCAAACUGGAGAGAGCCGUUGCACAGCUGCUCACCAGCUGGCGAGAAUGGGCUCUCCGCAAGAAGGAAAGACAGAAGAGAGAGGCGCAGGCAUUCUUGUUCUGGCAAGAGAGAGAGAGGGAACGUGCACUGAAAAGAUGGAGUACGAACGUGAAGGAGAAGAAAGAAGAGGAAAGCAAGGAAUCAAAGGCAAUAAAAUUCUGGAAGGUCAGAUCAGCUGAGCUGUGUGCUAAGAAGUGGAAACAGUGGUUAAUCAAGAGAAAGAGAGAGGAGCAGUUGUUUCGUCGUGCCCUGCAGCUCUGGCAGGAAGCCAAGUUGUCGCGUUCUUUCCGGCUGAUGUUGGACUAUGCGAGAGGCUGGACAAGCAGAAAGAAGGAGCUCAGUCAGAAAGAGAAGGAAGCUGGAGCGCUUUGGCUGAAAACUUGUGCCAAGGAGGUGCUGGAUCGUUGGCUCCACUUUGCAGGAGAGAAACGCAGACGAGAUGCGCACAAGGAAGCGGCUAUGAAAUUCCGUAAGGAGAAGCUGGUCCAGUGGAGAUCAAAGAUGUCCAAGGACUGCUUGAUGUGUUGGUGUGAUUUUGUAUCGAACAAGCAAGCCCGAGAAGCAGAUAUGGAAGCCAUUAAGUGGUAUAUCGCCAGCUGUCGUCUCCAAAGCGCAUUCGACCAUUGGCGUCGGGGCUCGCGGCGAAGAACGGAGGUUGCCAAGCUUGUAACAAACUGUCGAACUGCACGGAAAAGACGGCUUCUUGCGGAAAUCUUCCAUGCGUGGAAGACGUGGGCUCAUCAUCAACAUGAUACGAAAGCGAAGGAGGGAAAGGUAAGUGGCAAGUUGCGGAAAAGAAUAUAUAAAGAUGUUCUCCAUGGAUGGCAAGCAGUUGUUAUUGAUUCCAAGAAAACAAGGGAGAAAGAGAGGAUGGCUCGCAAAUGGCGUGAAUCUUUGUGCCUAUUGCGGUCGACAGUGGAAUGGAGGAACUCUAUCAUGAAUAGAGCUCGGAAGCGGCAAGCUAUCGAAGGGUUUACUCGAACACGGGACUUAAAGAAGUUGAGGGAGUUGAUGAAGGAGUGGAAAGCUGUUGCAGAUUGUUCAAGGAGGAGAAGGGAGAUAAUCACACAUGCUGUCACAAGGUGGACCAAGCAUUUCCUUGCAGCUGCAAUGUCAGGCUGGCGCACCAGUACUCUGUAUCCCUUUUCGAAAUCUCUUAGUCGGGCUUUUAAAUUUUAAUGUUUAUGCCUUUUAUACUCUUUAAAUUCUUAAUCCCAUUU